CGUCUGCACGCGCUGACAGAUCAAUGUGACCGUUUCAAAAAUCCCUGUCGCUUCGUUUUCACCCAUUUUUCACUCCUGUGCGCAAGGAUGCCAGUGUUUGCUGGUUAACAGUUGCUAAAUCUGACUCGACUCUCUGCGCGAGGAUUAUACUGAAUGCACUCCGGGCGGCUGAUGCACUUUGGGUGAACUUCUCUUCGCUGCUCGAGACACUUCUACAAUCCUGCGUCUCUACAACUCGCGGCAUGGCGGAAAAAAAAACGGAGGUCCCCGUGCACUAUGAGCCUCAAGGCCCAUGCGUUCUCGGUGGAGGCGCUCAUCGGCGCCGAGAAGAAGCGGAAACUCGAGGAGGACGACGAAGACAAUGGUGAGAAUUGCUUCGAGGAGGGGAACGAGGUCGCAAGCCUUAACGGGAGUCCGAGGCUGAGAACGGAGAGGUUGUGCGCCAGCACUCGGAGUUGCGAGAUUGAGUGCGCAAGUGACGGAUCCCCUGACUGCGAUGAAGUGUUGCUGGAAAGCCCGCGGCCACCGUCCCAGAGCGCGCCCCUGCUCGUGAGUGCUUCGGGAGAGGAGAUGCGCACGGACCUGCAGGGUUCAGACCUGUGGAAACGGUUCCACGAGAUCGGAACAGAAAUGAUUAUCACCAAAGCGGGCAGGCGGAUGUUCCCUGCCAUGCGCGUCAAGAUAACGGGAUUGGACCCACAUCAACAAUAUUACAUCGCCAUGGACAUAAUCCCCGUAGACAACAAACGAUACAGGUACGUGUACCACAGUUCCAAAUGGAUGGUAGCGGGAAACGCGGAUUCGCCCGUGCCGCCACGCGUCUACAUACAUCCGGACUCGCCCGCGUCAGGCGAGACGUGGAUGCGGCAGGUCAUCAGCUUUGACAAGCUUAAACUGACCAACAAUGAGCUUGACGACCAGGGCCAUGGCGCAAAUGUUUUCCAGAUCAUUCUGCACUCCAUGCACAAAUACCAGCCCCGCGUCCACGUCAUCCGCAAGGAGUGCGGCGAGGAGCUGUCGCCGGUCAAGCCCGUGCCGACCGGCGACGGCGUCAAGGCCUUCGCCUUCCCGGAGACCGUUUUCACCACCGUCACGGCCUACCAGAACCAGCAGAUCACCCGUUUGAAAAUCGACAGAAAUCCCUUCGCCAAAGGAUUCCGUGACUCUGGGAGAAACCGGAUGGGACUAGAGGCACUAGUGGAGUCCUACGCAUUUUGGAGACCAUCACUGAGAACGCUCACAUUCGAGGACAUCCCGGGAAUGACUAAACAAGGAGGUCCCGGUUCUCAUGGAGGUAUGGUGGGCUCGCCGGCGCACACACACCUGCUGUCCUCUUCCCCGUGCUCCUCCCCGGCCUUCCACCUGGGCUCGGGCGCCGGACAGGUGUGCGACUACUCCGCCUGCAGCCGGGCCGGUCAUACCCUCCACCGCUACGCCCCGUCCCUCACCGCGGACUCCUACAGCCGACUGACCGGCCCGGUCACCUCGGACGGCUUCGGCUCCACGCGGUCGCCGGCGUACGACGCGGACGGCUUCCCCUGCGGCCAGAGCGGACUGCCCCUCCAGAUCCCCGGCAUGCCGGGCCCCGCGGCCCCUCCGCCGCAGCUCCAGUACCUGAUGCCCGGCGCCGGCCACAGCUCGCCCUUGCUCUCGGCCAAUCAGAGCUCGCAGGGCUCGUACGGCGGCUUCCGCCUGCACAGCCCGUACGGCCUCUACGGCUACAACUUCUCCACGUCGCCACGCCUGGCGGCCAGCCCGGAGAAGAUGACCGCCUCCUCGCAGGGCUCCUUCCUGGGCUCGUCCCCCAGCGGCACGCUGACGGACAGGCAGGUGCUGUCGCCCAUGGACGGCCUCUCCGUGCUCGGGGGAGUGGGCCCGGCGUCCGGCGCUCAGCACCAGAGCCUCUUCGACUCCAGGACUCUCGGGAGUCUGGGGGCCGGGCUGACCAGCUCUGGCUCGCAAGUCACCGCCCACAUGGCUUGAGUCC